AUGGCAUGCUGCUUUGGACUGCUGUCCAAGUUGUUUCCCCAACGGCUGGACGGCACGGCGGGCACGGCGCCCGAGGGAUCACGCUGUGCGGAUGGGAACUUUGCCUUGCCUUUGCGGCAGAAACGGCUGAAAACACAGGCAAGGCGGAGGCAACUCAAACAGUUCCUGCUGACCGGUCGUGAUCCAACGGUGUGGGACAGGGACAACGAUUGGUUUCCACAGGAAAACUAUUGGCUUCCCUGGUCCGAACGUCACACACGAAGUGCCAAGGAGACAGAUGAGGAAGGCAUUCCGCACUUGCGGGCCUCCAAAUUGCCUGAUUUCUUUCAGGAUUCGAGAUCUGAGGGGUCACCAGGGUCACCAAGUGGGACAGAUGCACAGUUUGAUGGAGCAGCACCAAGCUGGGAUGGUAGCCUUGCGGGAGAAAUCCGUUCAGCUGGUGUACCACAGUCAAGGAUGCCCAUCAAAGGUAAGAUCUUGUCGAAGCUUCCAGCUGGAUUGUUGAUGGACAUCAACCGUGAUUCCUUGGGCCUUCUUCCUUGGAAAGAGCUGCGAAACGUGCCUCGCAAAUGUCAAAAAAUCGGCAGUGUCCUGCGAAAUCUUCAGGAGGCCAAAAUGGACGAGGCGAACGAUCGCAUCAUCUUGAAGCGUUCUGUCGGGGAGCUGGAAGUGUCUUCUCCGGCGGUGGCAAUGUCUGCGCCGGUGGCGUUACCUGUGCGAAGCGUGCUGAUGGGGCGUAGGCGUAGGGGUAGAAAUGGACCACGGACAUGA